ACGUCAUCAGCAAGGGACACUGUUGUCAUUCUUGAAAUGUGCGAAACUGUUGUUUCUUUUCAACCACUAAAACGCAAAUAAAAUGGCCGACUAUUGGAAGUCACAGCCGAGGAAGUUCUGUCAGUACUGCAAGUGCUGGAUUGCGGACAAUAAGCCUAGCAGAGACUUCCACGAAAGGGGGAAGAAUCACAAAGAAAAUGUGGCUGCCAAAAUUACAGAGAUAAAGAAGAAGAGCAUUCAAAAGGCAAAGCAGGAGGAGCGCAUGUCCAAAGAUUUUGCAGCGAUGGAGGACGCUGCGAUGAAAGCGUAUCAGGAGGAUCUGAAGAGGAUGGAAAGGGAAGCAGCAGGAUUGGAUUCACCACCACCACCCACGGCAACCGCGAGGCAACAACCUCAGGUUAGGCCACAACCUCAGGUUAGACCCCAGCCCAAAAAACAGCAAAAGAAAGCGGAGAAAGCGAGAAAGAAAUUCACAAAGCAAACAGAAUCACAGGUUUGGGUUGAAGGACAGACAGAUGAUGGACACACCUACUAUUACAACACAGUCACUGGAGAAUCUAAAUGGGAAAACCCAGGAGGUUUCCAGGGAAGUUCAGACUCAACACAUCCUGCAGCCACAGAGAGCUCUUCAAGCUGUCCUUGGAUGGAAGCUGUCAGCCCUGAUGGUCAUACGUAUUACUAUAACACAGAAACUGGAGAGUCUAGCUGGGAGAAACCACUGGACCUUGCUUUACAUGAAGCUUCUGGAUCUGGAUCCAGCAAAGAAGUCGAGAGUCAGGAAGAGCCUUCAACCCCGCAGCCUGAACCCCUUUCAGGAGAAGAGUGCUCCAAUGAAGCCCAGGCAUCCAAGGAGGCUGAGGUUUCAGAGGUAGCCACUCAGCAGCCCAAAGUCCCAAAGAUAAGCUUCAGGAAAAGGAAAGCAGAGGCAGAGCCUUCAGAAAAGGAGGGAGAAGAUGAAGCAAGUGAUGAUACCCCUAAAGAGGAUGCUGUAGAGAUGAAAAAAGUGGAAGAGAUCGAAACAACAACACCCAAGCCUGAGGAGAAAAAGGAGGAAGCCGCACCACAAGUGGAGAAACGAGCCAGAAGGCCGAAAACUGCGAAUCCUUACGGGUCCUGGGAAAAGAUUCAGCAAGAGGUUGAUCCAUAUGCCAAAGUGGAUCUGCAGUUGCCCCAGGUAGAGGGAACUACAGCCAGCGCUGCCGUUGUCCCACCACCGGAGCCCAAACCCAAGUUCAAAGAGCGCAUCAUCACCUCGCUUGGAGACGAAGGUGGACCUGCUUCGUUCAGGAAAGCCAAAACACAAAAUGGCAAAUCCAGGAGCCUCCGACAGAGAGACGACGACGACGACUGAGCCGAAUACGGAAUACAAUACAAUACAAAACUACUCUUUCUAGGAACUUGUUGCAGCAUUUUUUUUGUUGUUUUAUUAACAUUUUAGACCAAGAAAUUUGAAGACAAAAUAUUCUAUGGUGCAAUUUUUCUUAUUUAACUUGAAAAAUUGUGCACCGUGUCAUACUUUUCUCCGUGUGACAUUUUGAUAAUGUUUCUCAGUGGUAUUUAUCUUGUGAAUAAAGGACUGUACAUACUCCACAAGAACAGAGAAAUGUUUUCUCUCUUUCUCCCAGGGCUGCAAAAAAAGAAUGACGUCAUUGUUUUAUUGCAGCCCUUGUUUGGGAGUUCUUGCAGCUUGUUCUUGACACAUCAAGAACUUGAGAAAACUUGAAAAAGAACAAAUGUCUCUGUUCUUGAAGUAUGUACAGGCUUUUACAAUAUUGUAGGCCUCCUGGUGUGAUUUAAAAUAUUCAUGUGAAAGUAUCUCUUCCUGUAGUCUGGUAAGUGUUGAUGCAUCCGUAAAGAGCAAUUCAAUUAAAAAGUGUUUUAUAUUUUUUUAACACUUAUAUUAUGACGUUACGAGGCUUUAACUUGUCAGUUAAAGUAAAUGAAUAAGAUGGAAAGUGGAAUUUCAAUAAACAAUGACUUGAAAUUA